UGGCAAAUUUAGAUAUAGAUAUAAAUAUAUAUACACGCAGAAUAUAAGUUACCUGGAAAAGCAAAGAAAAAUGGCGGUGGAGAUGGAGAACAACAGCAAACGAAAACGGAAAUCCUGCAGAGCUCGAAACAAGAAGUUGUCCCUCGAAGACUACCUCGCCUUCCUUUACUCUAACGGCCAUUUCAAUCUCACCGUCAACCAUCUCAAUCAGAUCAUCAGCAUGUACGGAUACAAGAAAAUCCACAAAACUGGAAAGAGGGUCCUAUCGGACGCCGUGAACACACUGGUUCCGGUGAAUCCAUCUCGCUCCACACUGAAAGACAACAGUAUCUCGCCCGUGACAUCAACGAGCCUUGAGGACACCAUCGCGGACCUCAAAGAGCUCAACUGGCAAGAGUGCUGUGUCACCUCCAUCGAAUCUCUCUACUCCUCGAAUAAGGAACUCAUCAUCUCCGACGAGAUUCCUUCCGAUCCGACGAGCUUCCCACACUAUUCCGACAGCGUUCGUGCUCCCGAUGCACCAGUCAUAAUCGAUCGCCACGCUAAGAAGCUGACUCCGAAGAGGAAGAAGAAGAAGAAGUUGUCGGCCACUUGCCGUGGUACUGGUGGUGGCAGUGAGAAUGCUUUCGCUCUGGAUUGCGUUUCGUUAGGAUCUUGUUGAAUUUUCAAUCUGGAAAUUUCAGGAUUUAAUUUUCAUUCGCUAAGUCGGUUUUUGUUUUCGUUUUAGUUUUCGUUUCUCAUUUCAUGUGUUGUAGUUGUUUUCCCGCAACACUGAACGCAUUUUCAGUUCUUAUUCUCGAUGGUUCUUUGCGGGAGUCUUGAGAAUUACACCGCUCGCUUGUCUGUUCGCUUCAGGGGUAGAUUGUGAUAUUCGUAACAUUGAAGGGUCAUUUUCUGUUUC